AUGACUUCAAAUUCAAAAGGACAUCCAGCACAAAAAUCGUUAGAAAUCAAAACAAAAUCAAUCGAGACAACACUUGUACCACUUGUCACCCAAAUUUCAACUUUAGUCAAUUUCAAAGAGAAGCCUCGAUCAUUAUCGACGACAAAUGAGAAAACUCUCAAUGCCAUCAAUCGAGUUGGCGAAGCUGUACAUAUGGCAGUGGAACGCUUUGUCUCUGUUGGAGAAUCAAUCGGAAAUGAAAAUCCGGAAAUUAAAUCUGACUUAAUCGAUGCAUGUCGUGAAGCGCGUACAGCAGGCGAAGCGAUUAAACGAAUUACUUGCGUAGAAUUCGAUACGUUAGGCAAACCAAUUUGCGUAUCCGAUCGGCAUAGCAUGGUACAAGCUGCUCGAGGUUUACUAAGUGCUGUAACACGUGUUUUACUUCUUGCUGAUAUGGUCGUUGUCAAACAGAUUAUCUCUGUUAAGAAAAAAGUGAUAUCAACAUUGAAUCGAUUGGAAGGUGUGAUGUCGUUUUCCGAAUUUGUGAAAUACUUCGGAGUUUAUGGCACUCAAAUGGUUGAUUUAGCACAUCUAACAGGCGAUCGACAAAAUGAUCUCAAAGACGAACGUCGUCGUUCUCAAUUAUCCGCGUCACGUACAAUUCUCGAGAAAUCAACAAUGCUUAUUCUAACAUCAUCAAAAGCAUAUCUUCGUCAUACUGAGUGUAUGCACGCUCGUAAAUGUCGUGAUCUUGUCUACGGUCAAGUCCGCCGGGCUCUUGAUAUGGUACAACUGAUUGUGUAUGAUUCGGGCUCGACAACGUUGAAUACAACACCAACAUUGGCCCUUCUACUUGCAAAAAAUGAAAUCAAUUUUGUUAAAUCUCUUCGACAAUUCGAAUAUGCAGUUGAAAUGUUGAAUGUCUCAUCAACGUCGACUACGAAAGAGCAAUUGGAACAAUUGUGCAAUACAACGAUCGAUAAUAGCCAAGAUUUCACAGAUUCCGUUUAUAUAAGCAUUGAACAACGUGAAAAAGUUCUCGACUAUCAUAAGAAACUACAAGAUCAACUUGCUGAUAUAGCCAAAUCGAUAUCUGAAAAACAAAAUGACGCGCUUCCAGCAGCAAUUCAAACAAUUCAACAGGUUGCACGAGAAUUUCGCUGUCAGUUGGAACAAAUGGCAAUGCUUCGAGCAUCGGAAUUCUUUCGAACGCAUGAUGAAAGUGUUCUACUCAACGAACUAAAAACUUAUUCUUUGUCUGGUCGAGUUGAUCUAUUGCAAGAUUCAGUAGAGAAAUUCCGUGAACAAGCAGAAAUCGCCAUUGAGUUAAGUAAACUCCUGAGACAUAUCAGUUCUUGUGAUCAAUUACAAGUGUCAAGUGAAUAUCACGAGAUGGUUUUUCAAAAUUUAUCUCUUAUGAUCAUUACAUCAUCACAAUCGCUUACUUCAUAUCCAAAUAGUCGAGUAGCGAAAGAAAACUUGGAUGUUUUGUGUCAAUUUUGGGAACAACAGAUCAAUGAUUUUUCGAUCCUUGUGAAAGAAAUUCAAGAUUUCAUGGAAGGUCGAGGUGAAAAGACGGUUUAUUUAUCGUUACCCAGACCGGGUAAACAUGGUACAACAUCUAAAGCAGGUUUCAAACCAACCAAACUUGAUCCAGAUGAACAAGCAAAAAUCGCCAAAGUUGGAUUGGAAAUGAAAUUAGUUACGUCAGAGAUGGAGGCUGAAGCAGAAAAGUGGGACGAUCCUCAAAACGAAAUCGCUAAACGUGCGAAGAACAUGUCAUCCAUGGCUUUUUCAAUGUAUUUAUUCACACGGGGCGAAGGCACACUACGCACCACCCAAGAUCUUUUUACUCAGGCAUAUUACUUCGUAGAAGAAGGCACUCGCCUAGCAGCAAUUGUUCAGGAAUUUGCAAAUCAAAUACCAAAUAAACCUUCCCGACACGAAAUUCUAAUUCAAUUAGAACAAAUCCCAUUGAUGUGUCACCAGUUGAAACUAAAACUCAAAACUCCUGCUCUGGGAAAAGCGUCUACAUUUUCAAAAGUUGAUGCUGUGAUCUGUGAAACUCGAGAUCUCAUGAAUGUCGUCAGUCGAUUAUGUUCGACUGCAUUUGCCUGUCAGUCAAAGUACAAUAUAAUUGAUUAUCGUUCAACACCGUCGACGAAUCCAUCGACGUACUCUCGUCCUCCGUUAUCUGCAUCGAAACGUUCAGUACUCUAUCGUGCUGCAUCUAUCGAACAGAACGAUCGCUUCGAUACUAAACCUGAUCGUUCAAUUCGUUCUUCAUCUUUACAACGUCCAUCGAGUUAUUUGCCCGCAUUUGAUCAUAUCUAA